AUGGAAGACAAAGAAAAUUCAAGAUUAGGAAACUUUAGCAAUGAAGAGGUAGAUGCUUUAGUAAACUUAGUAAAAAAAUAUAAGCACAUAAUCGAGUUCAAAAAAAGUGAUGCUGUGAUGUGGAAGGACAAGGAAAAGAUUUGGCAACAAAUUGCAAUAGAGUUUAAUGAAUUAUCCAUUAAACCAAUUAAGCAAAAAUGUGAACGCUACAAGACUGGUGGUGGUGUUGCAAGUCCUGUUCCAAUUAGGGAUAUAGAUAAGGAUAUCAAAGAUAUAGUAGGAGUCUCUGUUACUGGGCUCAUCAAUGUAUUCGAUAGUGAUGCAGUUCCGUGUUCACUGUUACAGGAUCAUAAUUACACAGCGAAUGAUACUGCAAUUACUGAAGACACUCCUUUCAUACUUCCAGAGGCACUUAAUUUUGCACCAAAUAAUGUAGUGAUUGAUGAAGUUGUAAUUUCAAAGGACCAAUGUGAAACAGAAGGAAUGGAUUGGAGUUCAUGGAAUCCUACGUUGUUAAGAACACCAAUUACUCGGCAACUACAAGUAACACCAUCGACCUGUACAGGCAAGCUGGAAGAUGUGUCCACAGCUGUAUCUACAGGAGCAGUUGCUACUCCACGGAAAAAGUUAAAGAAAACACAAUUAAAUGAAGAUUGCAGAAUAAAAAUUAACAUGUUAUCAGAAGCUAAAUUACAAUUAGUGGAAAUUCAAAGGGAUGCUGCCAAAAAGGAAAUGGAAAUGAAAUUGGAGGAACACACGAUUAAGAUGGAAAUGUUGCUGCAAGAAAAAGAAUUUCAAAAGAAAAAGCAAGAAUUGAAGCUGAAAAUUUUACAAAAAUCAUUACAAAUAGAUUAA